AUGGCGGGUCUACCACCUCCACCGGGAUGGUCUGGUCCGAUGAUGGCAGGGGCGCCUCCGGGACCUAGUAUACCGUUGACGGCUCCACCUCCACCAGGCUAUCGCCCUACUGCUGACCCGCAGGCGGUGAAGCUGGAACAGAAAAAGAAGGAAUGGCUAAGAACCCAGAAGAGCCGCUUCGGCGAGAAAAGGAAGGGUGGAUUUGUCGAGACUCAAAAGAGUGACAUGCCACCAGAGCAUCUGCGAAAGAUCGUAAAGGAUAUUGGAGAUGUUAGCCAGAAGAAAUUCUCGGCUGAUAAGAGGGCAUAUCUUGGUAGUUUGAAAUACAUGCCACAUGCUGUCCUCAAACUAUUAGAGAACAUGCCUAUGCCAUGGGAAUCCCAACGUGAUGUUCGGGUUCUCUAUCACGUCAAUGGCUGUUUGACCCUCGUCAAUGAAGUUCCUCGAGUCAUACCCCCAGUUUUUGAAGCACAAUGGGCAACAAUGUGGACGGUUAUGAGGCGAGAAAAGGCAGACAGACGACACUUCAAACGUAUGCGGUUUCCAGUAUUUGACGAUGAAGAACCACCACUAUCAUACAGCGAGAAUAUCGAAGACGUCGAACCACUCGAGCCGAUUCAGAUGGACCUAGAUGAAGCUGAGGAUGAGCAUGUGUACGAAUGGUUCUACGAUCAUCGCCCACUUGUUGACACGCCACACGCCAAUGGGCCGAGCUACAAGAAGUGGAACCUGAAUUUGCCACAGAUGGCUAAUCUUUAUCGUUUGUCGCAUCAACUACUGAGUGACGUGAAUGACCACAAUUACUUCUAUCUUUUCGAUAGAGAGUCAUUCUUCACCGCCAAAGCGCUCAACGUGGCCAUCCCUGGAGGGCCCCGAUUCGAACCAUUGUACAAGGAUAUCGACACCAAUGAGGAUUUUGGAGAGUUUAAUGCCAUUGAACGUAUCAUUUUCCGUGCUCCGAUUAGAACUGAGUACAAGGUUGCGUUCCCCUACCUUUACAACUCGCUCCCGCGUUCUGUCAAAAUUUCGAGCUACCACGACCCGCAAGUCUGUUACGUUCGUGCCGACGACCCUGAUCUCCCAGCCUUCUAUUUCGAUCCUGUCAUCGCUCCGAUCAGCAGUAGGGAAGUUCGCGCCGCGAACGCUAACUCAAGUAUCGAGGAUGACGUACUGGGAGUUGGAAUCGAGGAGGAUGAUUUUGAACUUCCCGAUGAGGUACAACCAUUCUUAGAAGAGGAGGAACUAUAUACCGAAAAUACCGCCAGCGCCAUCCAAUUGUGGUGGGCCCCGUUCCCAUUCAACAAGCGUAGUGGUCGCAUGGUUCGAGCGCAGGACAUACCGUUGGUGAAAAAUUGGUACCUCGAGCACGUCCCUGCGGGCCAACCGGUGAAAGUUAGAGUUUCGUAUCAGAAGCUGUUGAAGGGUUACGUUCUAAACGAACUUCACUUCCGGCCGCCGAAGAGCCAAAACAAGCAAAACCUUCUCCGAAGCUUAAGAGGAACUAAAUUCUUCCAGAGUACAACAAUUGAUUGGGUUGAGGCUGGUUUACAAGUCGUUCGACAGGGUUUCAAUGCUUUGCAGUUGCUCAUUCAUCGAAAGAACCUCACUUAUCUGCACCUGGAUUAUAACUUCAACUUGAAGCCCGUGAAGACGUUGACAACUAAGGAGCGAAAGAAGUCUCGUUUCGGAAAUGCUUUCCAUUUAAUGCGAGAAAUCCUUCGCCUCACUAAACUUAUUGUCGAUGCACAAGUCCAAUAUCGUCUCGGUAACAUUGAUGCCUUUCAGCUUGCGGAUGGUAUUCUUUACGCCUUUAAUCACGUUGGCCAACUAACGGGUAUGUACCGUUACAAGUACAAGCUGAUGAGGCAGAUUCGUGCUUGCAAGGAUUUGAAGCAUCUUAUCUACUACCGGUUCAAUGGUGGACCAGUUGGUAAGGGUCCUGGGUGUGGUUUCUGGGCCCCAGCAUGGCGUGUUUGGCUUUUCUUCCUUCGUGGUAUCAUCCCGCUUCUCGAGCGUUGGCUUGGGAACUUGCUCGCUCGUCAGUUUGAGGGUAGACAUUCCAAGGGUGUUGCAAAGACUGUCACGAAACAGCGUGUUGAGUCUCACUUCGAUCUUGAACUGAGAGCCAGUGUCAUGGCCGACCUGACGGACAUGAUGCCAGAGGGUAUUAAACAAAACAAAGUCAAUGUUGUCCUAGCACAUUUGUCUGAAGCUUGGAGAUGUUGGAAGUCGAAUAUCCCCUGGAAGGUUCCCGGUUUACCCGCUCCUAUUGAGAACGUCAUUUUGCGUUAUGUGAAAGCCAAGGCCGAUUGGUGGGUCAGCGUUGCCCACUACAAUAGGGAACGUAUCAGACGGGGCGCUACUGUGGACAAAACUGUCGCAAAGAAGAACCUAGGCCGCCUGACUCGUCUUUGGUUGAAAGCUGAGCAGGAGCGCCAGCACAAUUACCUUAAAGACGGUCCAUAUGUCUCUUCUGAAGAAGGUGUCGCGAUAUAUACGACAACUGUUCAUUGGCUAGAGUCUCGAAAGUUCUCCCCAAUCCCCUUCCCGUCUGUUUCUUACAAACAUGAUACCAAAAUUCUUAUCCUCGCCCUUGAACGUCUCAGGGAGGCAUACUCCGUGAAAGGACGUUUGAAUCAGAGCCAGAGAGAAGAAUUGGCUCUCAUCGAGCAGGCUUACGACUCCCCUGGUACGACUCUUGCUAGGAUCAAACGGUUCUUGUUAACCCAGCGUGCUUUCAAGGAAGUUGGGAUCGACAUGAAUGACAAUUAUUCCGACAUCAACCCCGUUUAUGAUGUUGAACCGAUCGAGAAAAUUACCGACGCAUACCUAGAUCAAUAUUUAUGGUACCAAGCAGAACAACGCCAUUUGUUCCCCAACUGGAUCAAGCCCUCUGACAGCGAGGUCCCGCCCCUACUUGUCUACAAAUGGACACAGGGAAUCAACAACCUAAAGGAUGUUUGGGAGACUAAAGACGGAGAAUGCAAUGUCCUGCUUGAGACUCAACUCUCGAAAGUUGCAGAGAAGAUCGACCUUACACUCCUCAACCGACUCCUGCGACUUAUCAUGGAUCACAAUUUAGCUGAUUACAUCUCCGCCAAGAACAACGUCUCCUUGAACUACAAGGAUAUGAAUCACACAAAUACUUAUGGCUUGAUCCGAGGUCUCCAGUUUUCCGCAUUUGUCUUCCAGUACUACGGCUUGAUCAUCGAUCUUUUGCUUCUCGGUUUGGAACGUGCUACAGAGAUUGCUGGACCCCCGGGCAUCCCCAACGAAUUCCUUCAGUUCAAAGACGCUGCUACAGAGUCGGCACACCCCAUCCGUCUCUACACCCGAUACGUCGACAAGAUCCACAUCCUCUUCCGCUUUUCAGCCGACGAAGCUCGCGACCUCAUUCAGCGAUUCUUGACAGAACAACCCGAUCCCAACUUUGAGAAUGUUAUUGGGUACAAGAACAAAAAGUGCUGGCCGCGUGAUUCGCGUAUGCGCCUGAUGCGACACGAUGUCAACUUAGGUAAAGCUACCUGGUGGUUGCUUGCCAAUCGAUUACCCCGAAGUAUCACAACCAUCGAGUGGGAUGAAACCUUCGCAAGUGUUUACAGCAGAGACAAUCCAAAUCUCCUAUUUUCCAUGUGCGGCUUUGAGGUCAGGAUUUUGCCAAUUUGCAGGAACCAGAACAAUGAAUUCCCAGUAAAAGAUAGUGUUUGGUCUCUCGUUAACAACUCCUCAAAGGAGCGAACGGCCCAUGCUUUCCUACGUGUCACAGAGGAGGAUGUCACCAAAUUCAACAACAGGAUCCGUCAGAUUCUCAUGUCUUCGGGGUCGACUACAUUCACGAAGAUAGCAAAUAAGUGGAACACUAGCUUGAUCGCUCUGUUUACCUAUUACCGUGAAGCCGCCAUAUCGACCACGGAACUUCUCGAUACCAUCGUGAAGUGCGAAAACAAGAUUCAGACGCGUGUGAAGAUAGGAUUGAACUCGAAGAUGCCUUCCCGUUUCCCUCCAGCUGUGUUCUAUACACCGAAAGAACUGGGUGGAUUGGGCAUGAUUUCUGGUUCCCACAUUCUUAUCCCGACUAGUGAUCGUCGUUGGUCGAAGCAAACAGAUACCGGUAUAAGCCAUUUCCGUGCAGGUAUGACGCAUGACGAGGAUACUCUUAUUCCAAACAUAUUCCGAUACUUGUCGCCUUGGGAAACCGAAUUCAUCGACUCGCAGCGAGUUUGGAGCGAGUAUGCUAUGAAGAGGGCGGAGGCCAACAAUGCUGGUCGACGAUUAACCCUUGAGGACUUGGAAGACUCUUGGGAUCGUGGUAUUCCUCGUAUCAACACCCUCUUUCAAAAGGAUCGAAGCACCUUGGCGUUCGACAAGGGUUGGCGCGUCAGGAUGAUCUUCAAGCAGUACCAGAUGAUGCGUAGCGCACCGUUCUGGUGGACUUCCGGCCGUCAUGAUGGGAAGCUGUGGAACUUGAAUGCCUACAGAACCGACGUCAUCCAAGCCCUCGGUGGUGUUGAGACAAUUCUCGAGCACACCCUAUUCAAAGCCACUGCUUUUCCGUCCUGGGAAGGUCUCUUCUGGGAACGUGCAUCUGGUUUUGAGGAAUCCAUGAAGUUCAAGAAGUUGACCAACGCCCAGAGAUCCGGUUUGAACCAGAUUCCCAACCGUCGCUUCACACUCUGGUGGAGUCCAACAAUCAAUCGUGCCAAUGUUUAUGUUGGUUUCGUUGUCCAACUUGAUCUGACAGGUAUCUUCCUGCACGGAAAAAUUCCAACACUCAAGAUUUCAUUGAUCCAGAUCUUCAGAGCUCAUUUGUGGCAGAAGAUUCACGAGUCCACGACUUUCGAUUUAUGUCAGGUCCUUGACCAGGAAAUGGAAGCUCUGGGUAUUGAAACCGUACAGAAGGAAACUAUCCAUCCCAGAAAGUCUUACAAGAUGAACAGCUCCGCCGCCGAUAUCUUGCUAUUUGCCUCAAACAAGUGGCAGGUCUCGCGGCCAUCAUUGCUUCACGAUACCAAAGACAGCUACGAGACCACUGCCAACAAAUUUUGGGUCGACGUUCAGCUGCGUUACGGAGACUACGACAGUCACGACAUCUCUCGUUACGUGAGAGCCAAGUUCUUGGACUAUACAACGGACUCUCUGUCAAUCUACCCUGCACCGACAGGUUGUAUGAUUGCUAUCGAUCUUGCCUACAAUCUCUACGAUGCCUAUGGUAACUGGUUUCCUGGUAUGAAGCAGCUGAUGCAACAAGCUAUGGCAAAGAUUAUGAAGGCCAACCCAGCCUUAUACGUUUUGCGUGAACGUAUCAGGAAAGGUCUGCAGCUAUAUGCGUCAGAAUCUAGCCAGGAUUUCUUGAACUCGCAAAAUUACUCUGAACUUUUCAGCAACCAGAUCCAAUUGUUCAUCGAUGACUCCAACACCUACCGUGUUACCAUUCACAAGACGUUCGAAGGUAACUUGACGACCAAACCGAUCAACGGUGCUAUUUUUAUCUUCAAUCCUAGAUCCGGACAGUUAUUCUUGAAGAUCAUUGUAACGGCGGUUUGGGCUGGUCAGAAGCGUCUUGGGCAGCUUGCCAAGUGGAAGACAGCUGAGGAAGUGGCAGCUUUGAUCCGUUCCCUCCCAGUUGAAGAUCAACCGAAACAACUCAUUGUCACAAGAAAGGGUCUAUUAGAUCCUCUUGAAGUGCAUCUGCUUGACUUUCCGAAUAUCUCAAUUCGUGCCUCCGAAUUGCAGCUUCCGUUCCAAGCUGCCAUGAAGAUCGAGAAGCUGGGAGACAUGAUCUUAGCUGCAACUGAGCCCCAGAUGGUCCUGUUUAACCUGUACGAUGAUUGGCUCAAGUCUAUCUCGUCUUAUACCGCAUUCUCCCGACUCAUCCUUAUUCUUCGUGCUCUCCACGUUAAUCAAGACAAGACCAAACUGCUACUUCGACCCGACAAGACAGUCAUUACUCAGGAGCAUCACAUUUGGCCCUCACUUAGUGAUGAGGACUGGGUCAAGGUUGAAGUUAGCCUGCGUGACCUUAUUCUCAACGAUUACGGAAAGAAGAACAAUGUCAACACGUCGAGCUUGACAAGUUCUGAAGUGCGUGAUAUCAUUCUUGGUAUGGAAAUCUCCGCACCAAGUUUACAGCGUCAGCAAGCAGCGGAAAUGGACAAGCAGCAGCAAGAGCAGAAGCAGUUGACGGCAACUUUGACGGAAACCGUUAACGUUCACGGUGACAAGAUGUUGACCUACACCACCACGCAGUAUGAACAGGGUGCUUUUGCUUCCAAGACGGAAUGGAGAACUCGUGCUAUCGCAGCCAACAACCUUAGAAGUCGAUCCAACAACAUUUACAUCUCUGCUGACGAUCUUGGGGAGGGCAGCAAGUUCACUUAUAUCAUGCCCAAGAAUAUUCUAAAGAAAUUCAUCAUGAUCUCGGAUUUGAGGAUGCAGGUUGCCGCGUACAUUUACGGAUCCUCCCCUCCAGACAACGACCAGGUGAAGGAGAUCAAAUGUUUCGUUAUGGUGCCGCAAGUGGGGAAUACUACUAGCGUGCAGCUACCGCGCCACUUGCCACAGCAUGAGUAUUUGACCAAGGAAGCGGGUCUGGAGGCGUUGGGGUGGAUUCAUACACAGAGCGGAGCAGAGACCAGCUAUAUGAGUGCUUACGAUGUGACUCAGCAUUCCAAGAUGAUGGCUGCACAUAAGGAUUGGGAUUCCAAGACCAUCACGAUCGAUGUCGCCCUGGUCUCGGGUGCAGUGUCGCUCAGCGCCUGGGGCCUCACACCCGGUGGGUAUGAAUGGGGUGCCCAGAAUAAAGACCCUAGCGGCGGAGAGAUGCCACAGGGAUUCAAGAUGGACUUGGGAGAGAAAUGUCAGCUCUUGUUGUCCGACAAGAUUUUGGGAUACUUUUUGGUUCCUGAAAAUGGUGUGUGGAAUUACAGCUUCCUGGGAGCGCAGUUCAGUGAUGGGGCAGAGAAGAAGCCAUAUCAUGUGAAGAUUGAUACGCCGUUGCCGUUCUAUAGUGAUUUGCACCGACCUUUGCAUUUCCAGAAUUUCAACGAGCUAGAGGAUCUGUGGGUUGAUCGUAGUGAUAACUUUGAGUAG